UGACAUUUCCGGCAAUUAAUUUUUAUGAGUGUUCAGAACAUUUUUGUAAUUUUACACAAUGGCAGGCGUUGUCCUUGAAACAUUGAGUUGGAAAAAACUUAUCAUUUUAGGAAUCUCAUUGUUAUUACUGCUUAUUGCCUUCUUUCUGAUCGGUGGUUUAGUAGCCCCUAAUCCUUCCAACUUUGUGUAUGUUACUGGUACAACAUGCAUCGAUGACUCCGGUUCGAGGAACAGCUCUGAGUGGUUCAUUCCCAGAGGGGGUGUUGAAAAGUGUACGCAGGUUGACACAUUUGAAGAUCCCUACAUCCGUGAUCACCAUGUCAGAUCUGGCCAGGUGGUGUUUUCUUUCUGGUUGCCCCACCUGCGGGAAGGCAAGCAGCUGGACUUCAGUCCUUGGCAGCAGUACAUGAUUGCUGUUCUCCAGGUGGACAUCUCAUACAAUGAAGACAUUCCCCUGGCGGAAGACGCCAUAUUAACAUUAGACGCAAGGAUCGGGUAUCGUGAGAAAACAGAUGGGAAAAAUGAUUGGAAGGAACUGGCGAGGUCACUGGAGGAGAGGAAACUCAACUGCUUCCUUCCUAAGAAGGUGGAGAAGUACCAGUACAACUGUGAGGCGUUGGCAUUCUUCGAGCUGGGGAGUCUACACCAUGACUACUACCUUGUGAACAUAAGGAUCCCGACAGACCCGGUGGUGCUGGACAGGCGAGAAGGCAUGAACCAGGCCAUUGGCAAACUCGAGGAUCUCCAUCUAGUGGCAAUCCACCAAAAUGGUGGUUUUACGAAGGUGUGGAUCAGCAUCAAGUCAGUGAUGUUCCCAUUGAUAAUAGCUGUGAUGAUCUGGUUCUGGCGUCGGAUACAGCAGCUUACUCGCCAACCAAACCUCCUGGAGAGAACGCUGUUGGCCCUUGGCAUUGCCAUGUCUGUUCUUAACUGUCCUCUGGAGUACUUCUCCUUGGCAUUUGACAUGCCGUACAUGCUGCUGUUGACGGACAUACGUCAGGGAUACUUCUAUGCCAUGCUGCUCUCGUUCUGGAUAAUCUUUACAGGGGAACACAUCAUGGACACGACGGAGCGUAAUCGACUGGUUGUGUACUGGAAACAUCUCCUGGCCGUGAUCAUUGGCUGCUUCUGCCUCCUCCUCUUUGAACUCUCUGAAAGGGGAGUUCAGCUGGUGAACCCGUUUUUCAGCAUCUGGGUGACAGACUUGGGGGCACGUCUUGCUUUAUCAUUCAUCAUCAUUGCCGCCAUAUCGGCAGCGGGAUAUUUCUUCUUCCUGUGCUACAUGAUCUUUCUGGUGUUCCGCAACAUCAGCGCUAAGCGUACUGCCCUGCCCUCCAUGACAUCCGGCCGGAGACUCUACUAUCUGGGCCUGAUUUACAGAUUCAAGUUCCUGAUGUUGGUGACCCUGGUGUGCUCCGCUUUGACCGUCGUCUUCUUCAUCCUCAGCCAGCUUAGCGAGGGCCAGUGGCAGUGGAUGGAACAGUCUCCCGCACUGCACUACACCAGCGCUUUCUUCACAGGGGUGUAUGGGAUGUGGAAUGUGUAUGUGAUCGGCCUGCUGUCGUUGUACGCUCCCUCACACAAGCAGUUUGCCCCGACAAGUGUGUCCGAUGAGAACAGUCGUGAGGAGGAGGUCCAGCUGACCUACCUGCCCUCCAACUCUGAGGGGUCUGCUAUCCAGGCCUUCGCAAGUAAGGCUGCCAUGGACUAGACAGGCCUAUGUCAGCCUCACCCACCUUGAUUAGACACACCUAUCUCCAUCUCACGAGGACUUUCCAGCUACCAAGGGUGUAGGGGGCUGAUCACUAUCCAGGCCCAGGCUGCAUACUCUCGUUUUUCUACAUCGCCCACUUAAUCCUAGACUCAGCUAUCCUCUGUCUACCCCAACAGUUGGGUGGUCGAAUAAGUACAAGCCCACAUGAUUUUUAAUUCGAAUUUUAUGGAAUAGGGCUUCUUACAAUUUCUAAAGUCAAGUUAUAGUUUAAGAAUUCAGGCUUCUAAAAGUCUAAUUUUGAUGAAUUCACACUGAAUAUCCCCAAUAGUUCUGGACUAUGUACGCCAUUUUCUGUUUAAUAAUAAUUUAUUGUACGGUAAAUGUAGAAAAUAUGGUUUUUGUUUUAACAUACAAUGUUGAUAUACAUAUAUAUAUAUAUGUAUAUAUAUAAUUGGAUUGGGACAACAGUUAUAAACAACGUUAGAACACAGCCUUCCCCGACAUUCUCCACACCACCAUGGCUCUCACGCUAUGAGAGGAUGGCAUUAAAAGCCUUCGAUGCCAAGUCUACCAUCAACUAUUAUCAGCCCAUUAAUUAAGGCAAUGAUGUCUACCCAUUGGACUGUAAUUAUAAUGUGUAAUUUUUUCACCCGUGAACAACUUUUUUACCAAAUCUUAGAUUUACCUCCAAUGAUUUAAAAAAAAUCCCAGAUGAUAAUCAUUGAUUGAUAAAUUUAUAACCAGGCCAAUCCUUUGAAAUUUCCAAAUGGUCAGAACUAGUUGUACCCUUUAAAAAAUAUAUUGUACAGGGUUAUUUAAGUGCAUUCAUUCUGAUACCAUGAUUGAGACCUUCCAAUGUACAGUUGUAAAGAAUAUCUUUUGCUCGAUAGUUGCAUUAACAAUAGUAGAAAGCACUUUGUAAUGGAUAUACAUUGCAUUAGAAACAAUUUACUCAUAGGUCAUGGAGUCGGACUUCCCGAAUUUUGAACUGUAUUUUUCGGGAUUUGGACUUUGGGUCCUUUAUCAUCCCAGAUGGUAGUAAUCACGGUUCAAUACUUUUAUAAUAAAAUAAACUUAUUAAAUGAGUGCCAGUAAAUUGAUUUAUUGUUUUACAUGUAUGUGAAAUUUUCAUUUAUUAUUGUUGUUGAUGAAAAUGUUGUGUAUUGGGUCUCGUUAGUGAGGUUAAACAGGGUCUGAUGAACUGAUAUUUUAUCAUAAGUAAUGUUUUGUCAAAAAUUUGCUUGUUAUUUACAUUGGACUUUUUUGUUAAUUACAUAUAUUACCAUGGAAGGCUUUUUUACACUUGUAUGAUCAUUUUAAGCUUGACUAUUCAAAGAAUAUGAGAGCUUUUCCACUCACCUUAGCAUCAGCUUUGGCGUCACACCUUGGUUAAGGUUUCAAUGUAAGAUUACUUAAAUCUAUAUCUUACCAAAUACGUUGUGUAUUGCCUCUUAACUUAAGACACGAGUUCCCAUCCAUUAAAACGACUUAAUUAAUCAAAUUAGAUAACUGUAUUUUGCAUAUAAUGCUAAUUAUGUCCCUUUAUUAAUUGACUAAUAAAUUCUGGUUAAGGUGUUGCAUGGAAAUGUAUCAGCAAUUACUUUUGAAUUGGACUUGAAUACAAGGGAUCCUUACUACCAAACUUACUUAACUAUUAAGUCAGAUAAUUAUUUUGUAUGUAAUGUAAUUAUUAUUCUACUUAGAAAUUGUGAUUAAAAGCAAUGACAUAGUUAAGCGCGAUGUCUCUGUGACAGAUCUUGUUUUAAAAAGGUUUCUGUUAUUUUUGGGGGCAUUUAAAUCAAGAUCUUCAAAUCUGCAUGCCAUUACAGACUUUAUUGUUCCGUAAUAUCUACUGCUGAAUUCUAUGCCAAAAAGUUUGUGUUGUUUGGCAAGUAUUUUUGUGCUGUCUUCCAGUUUAAAAUCAAACAUUUUGUUUAUGUUCACAUAUUACAAAUUUAUGUACAUCUGUCAUAUCAUUUAUACAUUUCUAUACAUUUAUACUGAUUUAAAGUUAGAUUUUUAUGGCUGUUUUUUUUUUCAAAACUGUGAUUCAGUGGUUGUGGCUUACAUAUAGCAAGGUUAAUGUAAAAUUGUAGAAAUUCAUCUGUUUUUUGCACUUUUUAAAGAUGCAUUAUUACUCCCAAAUAAGCAGUACCAAUUAAUAAGAUAAAAUUUAUUUACCAAAAAGGGUGAAUAAAUAUCGAAAACAAUGGUUCUUAUGAAGGAUACUGUGUUGAAAGAAAGGUGCAGAAGACAGGAUAUUUCUACCUUAUGAGACGAUAGUUGAUCACUGUUAAUCUUUAAAUAAUAACAAAAGACAAGAAGGUGAAUAUUCGUGCUGUGAUCUUUUUACAGUUUUGUAUUAACCCUAACCAUGUAUUUAUUGUUUGUUUUGCAUUGUCUUAAAUUUUAUAAAAUGUUGUGCUUUAAGUGUGAAACCAAAUGAACUCUAAAUUAUGGUUUAUUUAAUAUUAAGUUGAUGUUCUUUUUUUGUAAAAUUUUGACAUUUGUGCCAUUUUUACUGUAUAGUAUUUUGUUUGCACUUCACCAGCAGUUUGCUGUAUAUUGAAAUGACCUGUGGUUAUAACUCGUGUGUGAAUUAUUAAAUAGUAAAAUUUGCCUAGCUAACAUGGACAAGUUUCUAUUAAAAUUAAGAUACCUUUCAUUAUAACUAGAAGUAUCUGAUAAGUAUUUCAUUAUCCCAAUGUCAUCAUAACUAAAGUCAUCAUUAAUAAGUUGAUAGUACUAGUGUACCGAAACGCAAAACAUACAAGUAAUAGUUAGAACAUAUAAGGUAAAUCUUAAAGUGAGUGAGGCAUUUUAAGUUGUCAAUAUUUAAUGAUUGAUCCCAUUUUUUUCUACCAUUUAUUUUGAACGAACAUAGUAGGGCACGCAAGCAUAUUCCAUGAUGCACAAAAGCGCUACUUGAUCAUUAAAUUUUGCUUGCUUGCCCUACUGCAUUCAUACAGCUUAAUCGCAAGAAAAAUGUGAUCAAUACUUCUAUUAAGUUUUUAAAUCAUCAUUCAUUACCAGUUUCAUUUGAAAAUUAGCAAUGUCUUCUGAAAUUGAGUAUUAAUUUUGUUUUGAAAGAACUGUAACCGAAAACAUACGUUUGAAUAAAAGAAUAGCUGAUUUUUGUAACGUCGAAUAUCAUUGGUUAAAUGAUGUCGCGCUAAUCCAAUCGAAGCGCAAUUUUGAAACAAACAAUUAAGUUAUAGCUCCUUGCAUGUUAUACAAUAUUAACGUCAAGAUUCAUUUAUACAAAGGACUAGGCGAAUGUAAAUACCUUGCCUUAAAUGUUAUAAAUGUCCUAGAUUUUAAUCUGUUUUCACCAGGCGGGAAACAGACAGAUGUUAAAGUACAAAUCAUAAGGAUUAAGUAUGGUACUUUUUGAAGGCUGAUGCCAUUGGUUGGAAAUGUAGGUUAUAAUAUAAGAUAGUUUUGAGAUUAGUUUUUCAACCAUAUUGUUUGUAAAUAAAAGUACAUGACUGUAUAUUGCUUAUUCAUGGCCAUGUACACUUUUAUAUAUAAACAUGUUGGUAUUAGCCCCAUGUUUCUUGUAAGCUGGUUGAAGGUUAGACUCAUGAAAUAUAUCUAAGCAAACAUGAGCAGUAUUUCACGCCUUCAGACAUAAUUGCAAAUGAAAUAUUAUUUCAUAUGAUAUGCCCAAAAAUAAUUUUAUCUAGUAUGCCAAAAAUUAUGAUUUUUCAAUGGGUUUUAAUUUCUUCCAAACUUUCUUCUAAAAAAAGAUUGUCACUAGCGUGAUUUACUGUCAUGGCAGAUAGGCAACUUGACUGAUUAUUUUGCUACCGUUGUUUUUGGUUGCUAUGGAGACCAAGGUUAUUUUUUGACUGCAAUAACCCUCUCAGAAGUUAUGAACCGAGAGAGCAUUCGGGAUAGAUACUGGUUUCUCCCACCUCAGAUAAGUAGAUCCAAUUAUUAAACCAUGCUAGAAAUUCUUAUCCUGCCCACGGGCGAAGAUAAAAUGCCUGUAUGGAACUCCUUUUUAAUGGUUACCUCCCUUGUUGAAGACUGUCGUCUGUAGCUUCAUGGAAACCUUGUCUUGUGGCAAUAUUUAGAACGCUUAUUAUUUAUUUCUCGCUUCAAAUGUCACCAUAAAACAGUUCUCACGCACCUAUCAAGAAAUAAUGCUUCACUCUCCUUAGAACUAUUUAAAGAGCGAUUUGACCAUAAUCUGUAUCACUGGGCGCAUAUCCAUGACAACCACGAAUUAUCCCAUAUAUAUACGCAAUUAUUUUCACUAAGCACAAAAGAGUUCCAGCAAAAAAAAACAUUUUUACUUAAUUUUGUUUAACUGAGGUGGGAGAAAAAGCAUCUACCAUAGCCGCUCGCGUUAGAUAGGUUCAUCCCCACCCUUGCACAAGGUGUUUUGCGGAAACUCGGUAAACCUCGUUUGCCCAAAACACCCUACGCUAGGGUCGGAAUGAACCUAUCUUACUUUGUCGGCUAUGGAAGUUCUAUUCUUGAUAAAAACCAGCAAUGAGUUUACAGGAAACACACAUGGCUUUUUGUAUAUACUGUGUUCAGUGUUGUGAUAGAGAUUUGACUUCAAUCCCCAUCCAUUAAAAGCUUGAACUUUAUUAUUUGGGCUACAGAACAGUUGACUUUCACAGGCUGUCUAGGGCUCCCUGCUGUCAAACCUACAAUGUUUAUAAAUAAUGAUGACUCUUUUACAUAAUUAUGUUUAUAUUUUUUCAAUAUAUGCAUCAAAAUUAUUACAGUUUGGACCAGCCAAAGCAAAUAAUCAAUAGGUAAUAGAGCCAUUUAGAAUUCCCGAUGAACAAGCCCAAAUUCUUAUACUAAUGCUAGAACAAAUUUUUAAACAAACCCUGCUAUAUAAAAUUCAUAAUUUGAGAAAGCUCGGAAAACAAUUUACAAGUGCAGAGCUUGCGGGCUUGUGUUAAUUUCAACCACUGGUGAUAGAUAGUGUUUAUUAUGGUCAUCUAAAUGAUUAAGUUUGGGGGCCAGGUACGGCUAACUUUCUUAGUGUUUAGUGCUAAAUGCCAUGUGAAUGCUUUUAUAUCAACCAGUGCGAACAUGUAAGCUUCAAAGUACCUCAGUUUAUAAAACCAAUUAAUGAUUAAAUGAAAGGAAAAUUUGGUGGUUUUGUAAUCUGCUUAAUUGAUCUUAAACCUCUUCUAAAUGAUUAAUUGUGAAUCUGGCUGGCAAUCCUAUUGGCCGAGGCAUGAGCCUGAACACUAAAUAAUAAUCAUUAUGACUAGGCAAACAAAGAAAACUUCUCCAUACAGAAAUAAAUUGUUUCACAAUAAUUUUGUUUCAUUUUCGUUUUUUUGUCAUUGUUAUGGUCCCAUCAGUAGAAGUGUCGGUGCUGUAUAUAUGCAAUAUAGUUUGUAUUUAGUAUUGUGAAAGCAACUUUUUAGAGAAUUCUCAAGUUAUAUUUAAUCAUUACACAACUUUCAUUGUAGAAUUUGUUUGCUGAAUAUUUAUUUCAUCAAGGGCCAUCCACAGUGCAAAAGUGGGUGGGGAAGGCCAAAAAUAAAAAUGUUUCAAAUGUUCAUGUUUUAUUUAGUUUUAGGGAACAAUGUUUUAAGGGAGUUAAACAUUCAUCCAUUGUGACAUGUUUUGGGGUAAUACCGAGUUGACCAAUUUUUAAUAAAGAAAAUUUGAUCAGAUUUUGGACCAAAAAACAAACAACUUCUGCAAUGUGGAAGGCACUUAAACAAAUAAGAUUUUGUGGUGAAUGAAAGACAAAACAAAAUGUUAUCAUUUUGAAAGAACUUGAAGAAAUCCAGUAGAUAUAUGCAUAAUACAAUCUUCAUACAUGUAUCUCAUCAAAGCAUGUACAUUUUUCAAUGAAAUAAGUGAAACCGUAUUGUUUUAUGAAUUUUGAUAAAAUUGUACACAAUUGAAACUGUGUGAAACUGAAAGUAUACAGAAACAUGUUGAUAUGGUAUUUUUUCACCAACUUUACAUAAUGUUAGUGAUUAUAAUUUUGAUUACAAUUUUUACAUUACAUAUUGCAAGCCUUGCAAUAUUUAGUGGCAGUGUAGACCAAAUUGGUGUCUGACAGUGUCGCUUUAUGUACAUUGUAUAUGUUUACUUUCUCUGCUGGCAGAUUUUGGGUAUUUAUAAAAAUAACUUUUAUUCGGUAUUUUCUGAAUAUUAUGACAUAUUUAUAUUAAAUAAUCAAAUGUUUCUGAAUAGUUCAAGCCGGGGGCCAUAUUCUAUAGCCACCUAAGAUUUCUCUUAAUUUUGAAAUUAGGAUUCAAGUGUUUUGAUUGGACUGUAAAAAUAAAUGACCAAUGGACUAAAUGGACUCACUGAGGCAUGUCUAAGGAUAAGAAUAAGAUGGAUAUUGAAUACGGCCCCAGAAUUAUAAAUAUUCUGAUAUUCCCCGGGUUAUUCUCUGUUACAAACAACAUUGUAAUUACUUCUGAAAAAAUAAAGUAAUCUGGUAAAUGAAUUUCAAUAGCCUGAAUAUUACUUUUUAUUUGUACCCGCAUAAGAAAACCCCAUUUAUGUGAUAAAAUUACGGGUUACAUAAUUAUCUUGCCUUAUGAAAUGCACUAACAAAUGAAAUGCUUUUUUUGCCCGCAAUUAACUUAAAAUGUACAUUUUGUGUUUUAUCAAGUUAUUAUGAAAUCUUGAAACCAAUUAAUUUUUAGUCACAAGCUGAAAACAAUAAUGAAUUACGAACUAUAUAAGAAAAGGUAACGAGGGAGGAAUCUCAAUAAAAGAAAGUUUAAUCAUUGUUCAAGUUCAAUUUUUAAGAAAAUAUAUACACUGUAUAUUUACAUUUCAUUGCAAAUAUAUUAUAAAGAUAGAUUAUGCAAUAUUUUAUGCACCAAAAACAGAUCUACAUUUUAGUUAAUUACUUACAAAACAAUGUAAAUAUUUCACCAAAUUAAAAAAAAAAAUUGAUUCAGAUGUGGAAUAUAAUAUAAGAAAGUUGCAAAAAUAUUACAAAUUGGAUUAAGCAACUAUCUUUUGUUAUAUGCCACAGGUUAAAUUAAGACAUGGAUCUUACUCCUAUUUUCAUGUUAUCAAUGUUUUAAACAUUUUGACCACUUGAUAUAUAAACUUCCUUUAAGAAAAUAAUUUCAUGAUCAUAUGAAUUUCAUGUUUUUUGAACAUCUUUCAUAUGUUGCAAUAAAUGUAGUGCUAGAAGCUAA